CUAUAAAUUGAAGUGCGAGUUGCAUUUUCAACACAUAUCUUCAAAUAACUCUCAUUGAGUCAUACCAUUAAUAAGUACGAUAAAAGAUGGAUUCAAGAUUCAACGAUACCGUUCAUUCCUUGAGGCCAGUUGCAUCUAAAGCUCCUCAUGUUGAUCCAUCGUCGGAUGCCGUUUCUGGUGAAAUUGUGGCAACUGAUCCGAUUUCUAAAGCUGCUCAGACGGUUGCAGGUUCAUCACUUACGAAAGCUAUUCAAGUUGAUGAAAUUGGUCAAAUUACAGGAACGGGUAAUAUUGUAGAAGCUAGCCAGGCUGCUAUUACUGCUUCUCUCACAGGUUUCAAAAGCCCACCAACAAAUCAGUCUCGGCAAGACCAUGUUUAUACGGUCGACAUUGGUAAUGAUAUUCACCUUAACUACUGGAGCAUCGAUGUGAAAUCCGCAGGCUCUUGGACAUGGCGACAACUGCUCAAGCUUCGCGGUCUUGCGGCAAGGUUUUUAAGAGCUAGAGUGGGAAAUGGAACAAGAAUAAAUUUUUGGUUUGAUCAUUGGACAGUGCUUGGUCCUUUGAUUAAUGCUUUCGGUCCCACAGGUCCAUCUGAGCUUGCACUCCUAUUGGUUGGAAUUUCAGAGGUGCUCGUUCUCAGGCAGCAGAAGAACUACAGAUUGCUCUAACUACUUUUCAUC